AUGCCGCCAAACAGCAUCAUCCAAAUUACUGACGACGACGAAGAUAAUCAGGAAUAUUCGCAAAUGAAGAAAGCAGCCCAACCGGCCAAGACUCCAUCUCGUCGACGCGGUGGAGACAAACGGCCCAACUAUAAGGAAUGCGGUAAUGGCGACUCUGGAAGCGCAUCUGAUACCGAGGAAGCAAAUGAUGAAUACAUGGGCUUCAAAGGAGAUAUUCCAGCAAAGAAGCCCAGUGCCGCAAAAAAGGUGGCCUCCCGGGCGCAGCGUCCACAAGAUGCCAAGCAAGAGCCAAUGAGCUCAGAACAACAGACCCCAGAUCGCCGCGUGAUUAUCAAACCCGUAAAAAGAAGUCAUGGCGAUGAUGAAAGCGAGCCUGUGAAGCCCGCAAAGCGUGGCCGGAAGCCCACAGCCAGUACGGAGAUUAAGAGAUUUGAGAAGGACGCCCUCGCAUUAGCUGAGAGAUUUGGCUCCAAGAUGAUUGAGUACGAAACUACCAGAUCCGAGAACCAAAAUCUUCAAGCUCAAAUCAAAACUCUCAAAUCGGAGCUUGAACAAGCGCAACAAGCUCACAAGCAAAGUGAAGCAUCGUUCAACCAAAAGAUAGAUCAGCUUAAAAACGAUUCACAAAAAUGGCGAUGUGACCUUGCCUCUGCUCUUGAAGCAGCGAAGAAGAACUCUGGCAAAUACGUCAAAGUUUCUGACUCCGAAGUUGCGCAGAACUGGAUGACAUUAUCUUACAAUAUCCGAGGCCUAGUCUCUCAGUGCCUCACUCAGAUCCCAGCUGAUCAAGAUACGAUUCUCGAGUCAUUGGUGAUGGAGCACCGGCUCUUAUCCAUAGACGAUAUGUCGACUUUACGCAGCUGUAUUCUUCGACGAGCGGGAAAGAUUGGUAACACUUUGACACAGAGUCUGCUUAUAAAGAACUAUCAUCACAGAAACGACCCCAAGUACCUCCAAAUUAUCAGCCAGAUUAAGUCUAGAGUAGUCGCAGACCUUAGUGACGAAGGUCAUCUCAACAAAGAAGCCAUGGAGGCUCUCAUUAACAAAGCCAAGAAGCGACUUGGUCCUUUCAUACCAAAGCCAAAGGUGAAUCAAUUCAGGAAUGAAAUAAGAAGAUUGAUUACGGAUACGGCAGACUUGCAUCUCAUGAGAAUGAAGUCAAAGGCUAUCUUCUUACUAUAUUGGUGUGGAGAUGAUGAUGGCAAGAGACUUCACCCUUAUGACCAGAAUCAAAUGAAAUCUAUUCAGUACGACAAAGACACCGAUAUAUCCAAUUUCUCUGUUAAGUUUGUCGAAGCCCCUGCCCUAAUGAAAAUUGGGACUGCAGACGGGGAGAAGUUCGAUACCAGCAUGAUCCUUUGUAAAUCCGAGGUGGCUCUUACAGAGGAUGACAAUGAAGAUAGUGAAGAUGGCGACGAUUUUGAAGAAGAUGACGAUGAGAGUAGUGAAGAUAGCGACGAAGAUGACGAUGAAGAUGAGAGAGGUGGCCAAUGA